CUUGCCUGAGCCAAAAAUGUCCAGUGUUUGUCAAAACUAAAUUUACAAUCGUAAAAUGAGGAAUCGUUUUUAAAAAAAUUAUAAGUUCCCUAACCUUUCGACCACUUUGGCCAUCAAAAUUUGCUAACAAAAUUCCAAAUCGCCAACUAACUAACUAGAUCCAUUAACGUUACCAUGACUAAUCGACUGGCCUUGCAUCACAUCCUGACCACCCAGCUGCGGAAGGACUGGGAGCAGGAGGACUCUGCCAAGUCCAGGCUGUCGCAGUUGAGCAGGAGGGACAGGAUCAAGGCCUCGCUGAGAUCGAGCCAAUUGCCGGGUCGCUACUUGAUGCCCGACACUCGCAAGACCUACGAUAAUAUGGUGGCAAGGAUUCAUACGACCAUGAAGUCUGUUCGAUCACCUCGGAGACCCCGACCAACGGUGCCGUUGCCCAUAGCGGCGGUUUCAAUACCAACGCCAGGAGUAGCACCACCACUGCCAUCGAAAUUAGUGCUCAAGCAUAUAAAACGCAGCAAAUCGGGCAGGAUAAAGGGUGGCGGCAAUUCCUCAAAGACGAGCUGUGCCCAAGGCGUCGCCAAAAGAAUCAAAGCCAAACCAUUGGCGGCGAUCAAGGCCAGCUUGAACCAGAAAUCGCCCAAGUCAAAGGGUUUUGAUCAGCACAACCGGAUCCGCGAGGUCAUUCAACAGAAGUCUGUGCUGGAGACCAUGCUGCAGCAGCACAAGAAAUUGCAAAAUGACCGACGGACCAUAGUCCUGGAUAUCCAGCGAAUGCGGGCCGAUCUGGACAAGAUUCGUACCAAGUUGGACACGUCCCUGCAGUGCUUGAACUCCACUCGAACCCUUUUCAGUGCUGCUAACAAGGAGAGUGCCAAGAAGGCCACCGUCCAGCCGAAGCCAUCGCACAACAUGGUGACCCCGACCCGUCGCCGUUCGGGUGGCAAGCGAAAAAUCAGGAUUUCUGGCAUUCCGAUGAGCCGACAGAGCGUCCUGGUCAACAAGGCCCCCAUUCUCAAGAGCCGCGUCCUUUAAACGCCAUGGGAAAAAUAUAUAUAUUAAGAUAGUACAAAAAUUAAUACUU